CUCUUCAAGUAACUUCGUUCAAAUCAAAAAGAAUUUCCCAUUUUGCUUGUGUUCCUUGCGCCGAUCGCUUACGCGGUUACGCGUGCCAUGUUCGUUGAUUGUGAGGAUUUUGCCUGCUGCUCAAGCUCUCAUAGAUCAGCAGACAAAAGUUUAGUCACAGCGAGUAUGUAAUGGCGUCGAGUGGAGGCACAGCGGACAGUGACCAAGGUGACAGUAGUUGGCAAAGUAAGGAGCCAACAACAGCAAGCGCUACAGUUCCUGAUGAUGGUGGUACCAAAGUGGGUGAAAACUUCAUGUCGGUCGUUGUCGUGGAGCCACGAACUCACGGCGUUGGAAAGAAGCGGUUCACAGAUUACGAAGUUCGGACAAGGACUAACGUGCCUGCCUUUGCUGAUCAAACUGACUCGUCGCAUGAGCUCUUCAUGGCCGCAGCCUCGGAGCAGACCAACCUGCCCAUUUUUAUCCUGAAGGAAUCAACAGUUCGGAGGCGGUACAGCGAUUUUGAAUGGCUAAGAUCAGAGCUCGAGCGGGAUAGUAAGAUCUUAGUGCCAGCAUUGCCUGGUAAGGCUCUGAAGAGGUUGCUGCCUUUCCGUUCAGAUGAUGGUAUCUUUGAGGAUGACUUCAUUGAGGAGAGACGGGGAGCUUUGGAAAUCUUUGUCAACAAGGUAUCGGGUCAUCCACUCGCACAGAACGAGAAGUGCUUACACAUGUUCCUGCAAGAUAAGGAGGUUGAUAAGAACUAUGUUCCAGGCAAGGUGAAGAACACCUAGGUAUCCUACUGCUAGCCAGGUCUAGCCACAACUGCCAAGCUUCGUUUAGUUAGCCCUUGGACUGCUGGGCUUGCCUGUUUCUGCACGUCCAUUUGUCUGGACCGGAGAGAAAGAAAUGGGCAAGGAACUUAAAUAUGGUCUGUACGAAGGCCUCUUUGCUUUACGUUUAGUGUUUUGUAGUUUCAUUUUCUGACUGCCUACCAUAUCUGUCUGAGUGUGUUUGCUCACAAGCACUCUGGUUAGACACGAGUCAUGUGGGUAGUAGUGUGUUGCUCCUCUUCCUUGCACUUGCCACCGGCUAUUUGCUCCGUAUGAGGUUCAGGUCUCACAGAGUUCCGCUGGCCUGAGCCUGGUCCUCGGCCCAGCCCCCCCCCCCCCCCCCGUAUUGUGCUGUGUCUGCUGGCGGCUGUCAGUCCUCCCGUUGUCUGUCUGUAACGCGCGCUGCUUUUGAUUUCACCUAAUUGCUUUUUGUUUUUAUUUCUGGGGUGGCCUUGGCAGCCAUAAUCAUUACGCGAUGAGAGGUUGUGGUUCCUGUGCUAAAUUUGAGAGUACAUGAUGCAAUGCUUUGCUAUGCAUGCAUGCAUGCAUGACACCAAUCUUAUACUUGUACAUGUUUCUAUUGUAGUAAGCUAGCAGAAUCUUGUUCUGUACUUUUUUCUUAUAAUUGUUUCUCCCCUUUGUCUUAGUAUCAUUUUAUUGAUCUAGUGAUAUGCGCUGUUUACCACUGUCCACCUGCUCCUGCUUCUUCAUACCUUAUAGUACUUAUCUUUGACACUCGAUUUGUGGAUAUACAGGAAGGUGGACUUGCCAAAACUA